UCCUGUUUGGAGAUUGUUUCCUCUCUCUCCAUCUCUUCCUCUUUCUAUCUGGCAUGCACACACUCACAGAGCUAGAGGAGUGUCAUUUUCUUAUAUUUCCGAAGAGAAGCAAGAAAUUAUUUUCACAAUGCCUCAAAGGUGCUUUUACACCUCCACUUCAUCUUUCCUCUUUACAUAGCUCCAUGUCCAACACCCCCUAAAAUCUCCUCCAUUCCUCUUCCAACCACCACAAAGCUUCCUCCUUUUUACAGUUUUUAUCACAGACGAGCAGAAGAAGAAGAAGAAAUACAAGCAGGAAGAAGAGAAGAGAGGAGAUCAGAGAAACAAUUCAAAGAAAACUUAACAUCUCUUCAGUUCUUCUCACUUUAUCAAAACCAAAUUUUUAAAAUGGAGCUAUUUCCUGCACAGCCAGACCUAUCACUGCAAAUAAGCCCUCCAACUACCACCAAGCCAAGCUCAAACUGGAGCGCUACAUCAGAAGACACCAUAAAGUUAGGGUUUUGGAGAAGCGCCAUCAAUUCCAACUCCACCACCACUCCACCACCAUCCAAUCCCUCCCCAUCCUUCUUCUCCUCCUCCUCCAACGCAGCUGCAGAUCUCUCUCUCUCAGACCCCUCUCUCCCCCUUCACUCCAACCACCUCCUCCAUCAUCACCAUCACCAUCACCAUCACCAUCACCCACCCUUCCUCCAUGAACGGCCUUCACUUCCUCCCAUUAGUGGCAUCCCCGUCUACCACUGCCCCCCUUCCUUUCCUUUCCCCUCUCACCAUUACCACCUCUAUAACUCUUCCUUGACCACAGCAGCUUCCAAUCACCCUUCACCCUCCUUCUCGAGGUCAACUAAUUUGUCUUCAUCUUUGUCAUCAUCUUCAAGAUUUUUCCCACGGUUUCCCACAAAGCGCAGCAUGAGAGCUCCCCGGAUGCGCUGGACCUCCACACUCCAUGCUCGCUUUGUCCAUGCAGUUGACCUCCUCGGCGGUCAUGAGAGGGCGACCCCCAAGUCUGUUCUUGAGCUCAUGGAUGUGAAAGAUCUCACCUUGGCUCAUGUGAAAUCCCACUUACAGAUGUAUCGGACUGUGAAGACCACUGAUAAGGCUGCAUCUCCAGGUCAUGAAAAUGAUCCCAUUGAGAUAUUUGAUGACAACUUGCUGGAUUUAAAUAACACCGUCCGAGGAUCCGAAUCAUCUGCUCAGAAAGGAACACCAUCAGGACAAAAUGGAAUGAAUUCUUAUGGUUUGUGGAGCAAUUCUUUCAGCAGAGGGUUGGUUCAUGACAAACAAAAGGAAUCCAGCGCUGGAAGCAUGUCUUCACUGGAGAGCGAGAUGCAAUCAAGAAGCUUUGAGAUGAUUUCAGACAUAAACUCUUCCUGCAUCUCAGACAGCAGCUCCAAAAAACCCAAUCUUGAGUUCACCUUAGGGAGGCCUCAUUGAUUAUAACUUGAAAGGAACAGAUCUGAAGAGGUCCCAGCUCCGUCUACCAGCUUUUGCAUCAAAAGAAGAAGAAAAAAGAUGAACAUGGAAGCCAUUAUUAUAGCUAAAGCUACUCAGCAACCAGAGGAGAGAGAGAGAGAGAGAGAAAUUAAAUGUUUGCAAAAGCAAAACAAAGUUGGAAGAGUGAAAAGGCUAUGUUCUAUGAAUCUGUCAUCUGGUUUUUCUGUUUUUGGAUGCAAAAUGAGAAAGAGAGAGAGAGAGAGAGGGUAUCUUCUUUCCACAGUCAAAAAAGAAAAGUGCGGGGGUCCUUAAUUCUAUUGCCAUUUGCACGUGCUUUGCUUUUUAUUUCCCAACAAAGGGUAAAGUAGA